UAGUUUGCGUCUUGCCUUUAAAACCCACUCAAUGUUUUGUUUUCAACCAAACACUGACAUUUUAUGAGGAAAAAAAAUUAUGUGACUAGUUAUAUCCUUUGUGUAGCUUUGAUUAUAGUAAAUUAAUAAUAUUUUUUUUGCUAUAGUUAAUGCUACUCAUUUACUCAAAUUUUUUUGUAUUUCAAUAAAAGAAUAUCUUGUGCAAGUGUCAUAAGAAUUCGAAGAAAGGUUUCGUAUUUUGUACAACAAUAAAAUGGGCAGCUCUUCUAGUAAAUUUCGAAGAUAUUUGCAAAAUGGUGAGGAAUAUGCUGCUCUUCAAGUAUUUCAGCAUUCACUGGAAUUACAACACAGUUUAGAUCCGAAUUCUUCUUAUGGGGAUUCUUUAAAGCACAAUACACCCCUUCAUCUAGCUGCUCUCCAUGCUAUGAAGCCAUUACUUAGGAUAUUUUUACAUGACUUGAAAGGAAAUCCUAAUAAAAAGAACGCUGUUGGAGAAACACCAUUGCAUUUGGUAUGCCAAGUAGAUGAUACUAGACCUCCAAUAAACCAAGACAAGAGAGCUGCUUGCUUAAAUUUGCUCCUACAGUGGCGGCAUCCUACAAACAGCGAAAAGAAAUUGAAACUUGAUGCUGUGGAUAACGAAGGGAAUACUGCAUUACAUUAUGCUGCUGGUGGUGGUUUAAAACAAUGUGUUGAGAUGCUUGUAGCUCAUGGAGCACCUUUAUUCAUAGAAAAUAAAUCUUCUCAAACAGUCUGUGAUCUUGCUGAAAAGCACAAACAUGAUGAAAUUGCUCAGUUUUUGGAAACAAAGAUGCUGUUCCAUAUUAAAGAUGAUGAAAAUAUUGAAUUAUCAAAUGAUGAGAAUUCUAUGCCUGAAGAGAUUAUAAGUGGGUUAAGAGCUCAAGAUUUACAAGAAGCUAAAGAUCAGUUACUUGUUGAGACCAGUGAUAUGUUUCAUGUUCCCUUAUUUACUGCUGAAGUAUUGUUAAGGAAUUAUGAAUGGUCACGGCAAAAUUUGCUUGAGGCAUGGAUGAAAGAUCCUGUUUCUUGUUGUAAAGAGGCUGGAAUAUCACCUCCAAUCAGUGCAGUAAAUUUUUCUCCAACCAAGGAUUCUUUGAAAACUUGCUGUGAGCAAAUUCAGAAUGAAUAUCAGAGUGUAACUCUCAAUAGCCCUUCUCGAACUGUUUCAGUGAAAGAGGAACUAUUGUGUGAUAUUUGUACAGAGGAUAUAACUGCCGAAGGUAUUGUGCAAGUUCCCUGUGCUCACCUGUUUUGCAGAGAAUGUUGGAAAGUGUAUUUAACAGCUAAGAUAGUUGAUGGUGAAUCACAUAAUAUUUUAUGUCCUGCAUUCAAUUGUUCUUAUGUUGUUCCUGCUGAUGUGAUAGAAAAUCUUGUAUCUGCAGACAUGGUGAAAAGAUAUUUGCAAUUUGAUAUUAAGGCAUUUGUUGAAAGUAAUCCAACUAUGAAAUGGUGUCCUUAUCCUGGAUGUGCUAGAGCAGUUAAACUUCCUGACAUUGAAAAAAUUAAUGAUGAGAUCUUAGCCAUAUCAUUUUCAACACCUCCUUCAAUGUCUCAUUCUGUUGACUGUGGUAAUGGACACUAUUUUUGUUGGGAAUGCUUAGGAGAAGCACAUGCUCCAUGUGGUUGUGAGAAAUGGCAGGAAUGGCAUAGUAAAAUUGCUGAGAUUAAACCACAAGAGUUGAAAAAUACAUAUGCUGAAUCGGAAGAGGCAGAAAAUAGUUUGUGGAUGGUUACAAAUUCCAAACCAUGUCCAAAUUGUAAAUGCCCAAUUCAGAGGAAUGAAGGCUGUAACCACAUGAAAUGCUCAAAGUGUAAAUAUGAAUUUUGUUGGGUGUGUUUGGAGUCUUGGAAAAAACACAGUCCAUCCACUGGAGGAUAUUUUCGUUGUAAUAGACAUGAUGCUGUUAAAAGAGCAGAAGUCAAAACAGAAGCUUUGAUUAAUGAAGCUGAAGAGCGAAACAAACACAUGCAAGAACUGAAAAGAUUCCUUCAGUAUUAUACAAGAUUUAAAAAUCAUGAAAAUAGUUAUAGGUUUGAACAACCAUUUGUUAAAAGUAUGCAAGACAAAAUGAAUGUGUUAGCUGCAGCCAUGGCUACUGCUUCUGUUGAUCAGAUAGAUAUGACUUUUCUCGAAGAGGCUAUUUAUGAACUUCUGAGAGCCCGCCGUAUUUUAUGUGGUGCUUAUGUGUAUGGAUUUUAUUUAGAAGACAAUGGUUAUAACAAAACAAUUUUUGAAUUUUUGCAGAGUGAGUUGGAAGAAGCAACUGGGAAAUUGUCAGAACUUAUAGCUCGAACUUAUAUUCAAACCCCUCAGUUUAAAAUUGUACAAAUGGUUACAAAUGUAAAAAGGAAGAGACUUGAUUUAUUAAAUGCAGUUCACAAAGGUCUUAUACCACCUGAAACGCCACCAAGCAUGAGAAAAAGGCGAAAGAAUCACAUACCUAGUUUGAUGGGAUUAGAUCCUGUUGAUGAUCCUUUUUUAUCUCAAGCUAUCUUGAAUUCCUUAAAAACUGUGGAUCCAAAUGAUCCUUGGAUUAUUAAUCAACACGGCAAACAUACAAAUGUUGCUGCUGUAUGUGAUUGGCCUGAUUUCGAUAGUGAUGAUGAAGAAGAUUCUUCAAGACAGUCCAAGUUAGCUUCAAUUCUUGGUGAAUGUUCUCGUGAGGGUUGCAAAAGACCCAGAGCAAAGAAUCAAAGAACUGGUGAAAUUCAUGAGUAUUGCUCAUUGUCUUGCAAACACUGGGAUAUAUUAAAACCUCCUGAACCUCCAAAAGUUGUUGCUUCUAUUGAUCCAGCCAUAGAAAACUUGAUUGCUCUCGAAUUAUCUAAACUACAAAUGUCACAAGGAGAUAUGAAUGAUUUGAAUAUCAAUAAUAGUGAAGAAAUUUCACCUGAGGGAAUAAAUUUGGAUAUCCCAAACAUUAAUCCUGAUUCUCCAAACAAUGAAGUGGAAGAAUCUGAAUCUUUACUUCCUGAUGAUGCUGUUGGUGAAAUCAAUACUUCAUCUGGCAAUGGUAAUACAGAGGUGUGUGACACCCCAUGUUCAGAUGAACAAGAAAUACCAAUUUUAAAUGAUUUGCAGGAAUCCAAUAUAAAUUUUUACUUAAAGAAUUUUGAUGGAGAUUCCAAAAAUAUUAACAUGGAAGUGGAAAAUUUUUCCAAAACAGAAAAAGAAUUGUUCAAAGUUUUAAAAACAGAUGAUAAUGAAAGUAUUGAAAGUUUAAGUAAUUCGAAAGAAAACAUAUCAUAGAAGAUCUUUUACAAUGAAUGAAAAUAUUUUAAGAUUGUUUUUAAUGAAAUAAAAAAGAAAUUGAUUUUACAAUUUUUUUUGGGGGGGGAUUGUUUUUUAUAAUUGAUCAUUGUACAUUUGUAUGGUUCAUGUUCGCAACACAAAGUAUUGACUGCACAAGUCAGCUGUGCAUUUCAUUGGUAGCUAUUUCUGUGUUAAAUAUUUUAUACGUGUGACUUUGAAACACCCUUUAUAUUGAUGUCAAAUCACUCCAUCAGGCCAAUUUAUACUUUUAUUAAUCCCUUAACUGCCAUGGGCAUAUAUAUUUUCUUUGUGGAAUCUGUGUGUCGACUCACAUGGGUGUAUAUAAUGAAUUAUUGAGUCUGUGUCAAACAACAUGGACAUAUAUGAAUGUUUUUACAAAAUACUUUCCUCUGUAAUUUAUUGAUAAUUAUAUACCUACACCCACUGAUUUGGAAUGUAAUAAAUUAAUCUUCAAUGUGGAUUUCCUUGGGACAUGUCCAUGCCCUAGAAUAUGGAGAGUGGUGCUGUGAAAAUUAGGUGUUAUACUAGUGGAAUUAAUUGACUUGCGAAUUGUGUAAGAUUUUAUCGAGGGAUUAAACUUAGAAAUUUGUAUUUUUAUUUCAUCUAAAUUGGGAUUUGGAUGAGUAAUUCUAUUAUAAAUGAGUUUACAGUAAACUCUCCAAUCUCACAAAUGCCAGACUAGAGAAUUACCAGAUAAUAGAAGUUCAUUAAAAAAAUAUCUUGCAAUAGCAAAACUUAUGUUUUUGCAUUAAAUGCAGAAAAAUAUACGAAAUUAUUCAAAAAAGAUACUAUUUAAAGUAAAUACUAAUCAAAAUAUCAUUAUUUGUUUAGCACUAAAAUCAGAUAUAUAUUUGUGGUGACUUGUUCCCUCUUUUAUGUAUCCCACUUGUCCUUUUGUACCCAUGAGACUAUGGGGGAAGGAACUGAAUUGAUGCAAGAUUACUUAGUCUAUUGUAUUCUAUUGUGUUAUAUCUAAUAUUAAAAACUUCCAAUUAAUUAACAUUAAAAUCAAAUCUUUAAAUCAAUUUAUUAUGUUAUUCCUCUUUAACAAGUUCCAACAAAUAAGCAAUUUUUCUUUUUUAUAUAAUCCAUAAUUAGUUACAUAUGUAUUAAUUUCUUAAUGCAUAAAUGUAUUUAACCUGUGAUGUGAAAAAACUCGAGUUUACUUCAAACCGUUAUUGUGACUAUUAGUAUUUGUAUGUGUUUAUAGAUGCAAUUUCAGCAUGCUAGUCCCUUUUCCUUUAGUUGAGAUCAUAUGCGUAUAAAUAUUUUUUUAAGUGGUAUUUUUUUGUAAUUUGAAUAAUUUUUUGUGAUAAUGUGUAUUUUAAUUGAAAUGUGUCAUGUCUGUGGAAGUUUUAGCUUUAGCAAAGAAAUGCGUUAAUACUGCAUGUGCAUAUUUCAUGUAUUGUCGUCCUAAACAUGGAUGUUUUCCCAGUGUAUGAAAAGAUUUUAAACCAAGUUAAGAUUGAUAGGUGAUGUGCGUAAAUUUGUUAUUUGUCUUCUUAAAGUCCAACUUAAUAUUAUAAUAUUGAUACUUGUGUGUAUAUGUAUUGGUGAUUAUAUUAUCUUAUAAAUAAUUGGAAAUGAAAUUUUACAAAUUUUCAUAUCUGUACAAUUUCUAAUUCUAUCAGUAUUAAAACCAUCAUUUUAUAUGCUGUAUUUUGUAGUUGCAGUCUUUCGAGAAUUCUUAUUGACAAAAAAAUUUAUGAAUUGCAUUUAUUCAAAAUCUUUUUGUUUUGAAUGAGUAAGACAAAUUUUAUUCUAGUAUAUGACUUGUCAAAUAAUAGUAUUUACAAAUCAAACCUUAAUUCUUCUUUGCUUUGGAAUUUGUAUUCCUAACAAUUUAUGUUCGGUUUAAUUUUAAAUCUAAUGACAUAUUUAAAUAUCAUAACUACAAAAUGGUUAGUUGACCAGUAUGUCCAAAUGGCAUAUAAGGUUUACUUGAGCUUGAAUCUAAUAUGAGUUAUGUUUCCAACUUUAUAUGAAGUUUUAUUUCCUACUCUUGUACCAUUUUAAAUCAAUGUUAAAGUUAUUUGAAACUGAAAAGCAAACAAAAUGUUUUAUAUUCCAUUAAUUGCAUGUAAAUAAAAAAAAGGAAAAAACCAUCAUAAGUUUUUUUCCUCUUAUUUGUCAGUCAUCAGUAUGCACAAAAAAGAUAAUUAAAAUCUUUGUUGCUUGUGUGUUGAUAGACGUACUUUUAUAUUCUAAGUUUAUUUAUCUAAAUAUUUCAUUGAGUUUAUUCUUAAAAUAUGAAUGACGCAAAGAGAAUAUUUUAGGAAUACAAUUUUCAAGGUUUUUUACUGAUUUUAGGAUUAUAGUAUCUUUUUAAUACCUGUUACAAUUACAAAGAAUGUUACAUUUUUAUGCAUGAAUUUUAUUAUAAAUAUAACUAUUCAAGUUUUAAAAAUAAAAUUAUUAUAUCUUGAUGAUAUAUGCAAAUAUAUUUAAUGUUUAAAUUGUGAACAAAAUUUAUGUAACUUUUUAACUGUUAGAUCUGUUUUAUGUGCAUUUUUUUAUAACUUUGUUAUACAGUUUUUGUUUCUUAUGUGUGUUGUAUUUUAGUAUUUGUUGUUUUUAUGUUGUUGAUAAAAAUGUAGUUUAUUUUUGUGUAGCUUCUGCAGCAAAUGCCUGUGAUAAACUUUUUUAAUGAUUUGUUUCAACUAUGAAUUUUUAGUAGAUUGUUUAAUGUUUAAUUAAUUUAUUUUGAAUGUAAGUACUUGUUUAUUAGUGAAAAAUUAAUCAUUUGAGAAAUUAAAUUUUAAAAUAUUUAUUACUUUUAUACAUAAAUAUAUUCAAAUUCAGCACUUGUUAUAAUUACCAAUAUAAUUUCUCAAUUGUUGAAAAGUUCCAGAUUGUUCAAAAAUCAGAAAUAAAUUUUUUUAAAAA